UAGUAUAGAUAAGAAACAGGCUGGGGAUGGAUGUAGAAGAAGUGGGGUCCUGAUGGAGGGUCCAAGAUAACUUGAAGGUUUAUCGGCUCGGUUAACUCCGAAAAAUUUUUAGUGAAACCGACAAUCCUAAGAUUGAAAACAGAAUUGGGGAAAAAAAGGACAUAUUUGCUAGAAAGGCUUGAAGCAAAAUUUGCUAGGGUCGGAAGAGAGAGGGGGGGGGUAGUAGGAUUGAAGACAGAUUUUAAAAAGACUGAUUGACUUGAUAAUACAAAUAUAUCACGGUUGGAACUGUCUUCAUGAAAAAAGCUAAGGGAAUUAAGAAGAGCUAUGGGGGAGAUAUGAGAAAACUUGGGGCUAUUAUGGAAUUAAGAAGAGAAUCCAGUCAAUGUAUUAACAGCAUCAAAUGGAAUGCCUGUCCCCUCAUUAACAGAUUCAUUAACUGUCGGACCUCGAGGCCCCACGCUUUUACAAGACUUUGUACUUCUCGAUAAUCUUUUCACCUUUGACCGUGAACGCAUUCCUGAAAGAGUUGUGCAUGCUGUAGGUGCUGCAGCUUUUGGAGAAUUUGUUGUUACUAACGAUGUUACAAAAUAUACAAAAAUGGAUAUGUUAAAAAAAAUUAAUCAAACUACCCGUGUUUUUGUUCGUUUCUCUACUGUUGGCGGCCGAGCUGGAAGUGCUGAUACAGCAAGAGAUCCUCGCGGUUUUGCAGUAAAAUUUUAUACUGAAGUUGGAAAUUGGGAUCUUGUUGGAAAUAAUUUGCCAGUUUUCUUCAUUAACGACGCUAUAAAAUUCCCAGCUUUUGUUCACUCCCAAAAAUUAAAUCCAGUAACAAACUUGGGUGACCCAACAAUGACUUGGGACUUUUUAUCUUUGAAUCAGGAAUCAAUGAAUAUGGUUAUGAGAGUUUUUUCUGACUUGGGGACGCCUGAUGGUUUUCGUAAAAUGGAUGGAUUUGGUGUGCAUACUUAUGUUUUGGUAAAUGCAAAAGAUGAAAAAGUUUAUUGCAAAUUCCAUUGGAUAAGCCAACAAGGACAUGCUAAUUUGACAGCCGAACAAGCAACACUUUUGGCUGGUACUAACCCAGGUUAUUCUACUGGUGAUUUAUACAAUGCUAUUGCACGUGGAGAUUUUCCAAAAUGGAAUUUAAAAAUACAGGUUUAA